UCGGAAAGAUGGCGGCUUGAUAUUGGCGUAAAUGUCGAGUUUCGCUUCUCUAUGUUUUAUUCUGUGCUACAACCACAUGCUUUAUCGUGUCAGUAAGUUCUCGGAAAUAAAUAGUAGAAGCACAAUGUAACCAUGCACUAUAGAACUAUUUACUCGCUAAUCUCUAAACUGAUAGAAGCAUAAAAAUGAAGGUUGCCGCACUAUGACGAGUUGACGAAACAGAUCCAACCUUGACUUACACUACUUUAUACGUGUUUAAGAUGGAAACUACAGACCAAGAAAUUGAAACGUACAUUAAAGAUGCCAUGGACCACCAACACUUCUCGAAAUAUGCUAUCGCUUUGACCGGUGAAAGUGAAAAUUCUGACGGAUUUGCUUCGCACAUCAACUUUGCUACAGUUUCGGCUACAACAGAGGAAGGCAUUGAAAAAACCAUUGAAGUGGUUGUUAAAAGCAGCAGAAAAAAUUUAAUUCAAGCUAACCCAAGUCUGUACGGCAGGGAGGCGUACAUAUAUGAAACCAUUUUACCGGCGUUCACAAAAUUUCAAAUGCAAAAUGACAUAAAAGAUAUAUUUGACUCCGUCCCAAAGUGUUACAAAACUAUGUCUGAUGAUACCAUGGAAGUUUUAGUUAUGGAGAACUUGAAAAAGAACGGAUAUGAUUUGUAUGACCGCAAAAGGCCGUUGGAUUUAAACCACCUUAAACUUAUUUUGCGAGAAUAUGGGAAAUUCCAUGCUAUAUCGUUUGCUUUCAGAGAUAAGGAUAGAAGUGGUUUUGAAAAGUUAGUUACCAAUUUUGACGAUGUUAUGAUACAGUACUUUGUGGAAUCCCUUAGAAAAACAAUAAAUGGGUACAUGGCAAAGGCUUGCGAUAUCGUGAAAGAAGUGGGCGACAAGAAAUUAUACGAGACAUGUUAUAAAGUUCUACAAAAAGGCGCUGAUGUUGCCGCGAUUGAAAUUAUGAAAAUCGUGGAGCCCGAGUCAGCUAUGCUUCAUGGUGAUGGUUGGAAUAACAACUUCGUGUAUAAAUAUGAGGGCUCUAAGGUUCCAUCAAAGGUUGCUAUCUUAGAUUGGCAGCUAGCACGUCUACAUUCUCCGGCCUUGGACAUAUCCUACCUCAUCUACGCCACCUGCUCAGAAGAAGAAUUAAAACAUUUCGACGAACUGCUGGAAACCUACUAUUCCAGUUUUUCCACGUUUUUAACAGAAUUGGGCAGCGACCCAGAAAAACUGUUCCCUUAUUCUACUUUGCAAAAGCAUUGGAAGAAGUACUCUUUGUUUGGAGUAUUAACGUUAGUUGCAUAUUUACAUCUAAUUUUAUGCGAUGACGAGGAAGUGCCCGAUUUUGAUGAAUGUGAUGAUCAAGCAGAUUAUACAGAAAAAUUAAUGGCUAUUAAGAUUACAGAAGAGUCGGAGUAUCGGAAAAGGCUCAUUGCAGCUAUUAGUCAUUAUUGCAGCUACAUAGAUUCAUGAGCCUGAAAUUAAUUCCACCGUACUAAAACAAAUUGCUUAUAAACAAAGAUUAUUACUCAUUGCUUAAGUAAAUAAGUAAUUAUCUGUUGCAAUAUGUUUUUUUUUUUAAUUUCAUUUAAUUGUAAGCCUAUCUAGGUAAAGUUCACAAUAAGAAUUAUGUAUGUACUUACAUAUGGAAAUCUAUGAGAUUGGCUAUCGUCUAAAAAAAUGCAUAAGAUCCCAUAUCAAUUCCAAAUGUUCAGUUAAUAAAAAAUAGUUUUCAGUA